GGCUGUUUUUGGCAAAGUCAAGGUUGGGAGGGAAUCGCGGGGCUGUGACGUCAGUUCCAGACUGUCCAAGAUGGCGUCUUUGUUAUUGAGGCAUGCAGGCCGUCAGUGUCUCCGUACCCAAUUCAGACCUGUCUUCUGCAUGAAACAUGCUGUGCCCAUGGGGACUUCAGCCCAGCAGGAGAUGGAUCGCUACUGGGCCAAAAACACACGUCUCAGUCGCCCGUUGUCUCCUCACAUUACAAUCUAUGGGUGGUCAUUACCAAUGAUGAUGUCUAUCACACACAGAGGCACCGGAGUAGGGCUGAGUCUUGGUGUGUCUUUGUUUGGAUUAGCUGCUUUAGCUCUUCCUGGAGACUUUGCCUCAUACCUGGAACUGAUUAAGUCCUUAAGUAUGGGGCCAGCUCUGAUCUACUCAGCUAAAUUUGCCUUGGCGUUCCCUUUUACGUUCCACACCUGGAAUGGGAUAAGACAUUUGAUUUGGGACUUGGGCAAAUGUUUGAAGAUCCCCCAGGUGCAGCAGUCUGGAAUCAUCGUACUGGCUCUAACGCUCCUCUCCUCUGCCAGUAUUGCCGCCAUAUGAUUGAACACCUCCGGUGAUAAAACAACACCCAUCAUUAAAUUCACAAAUUAAUUUAACAUAUCGGCAACUUUUUCUUAAAUUGCCUCUCCAAGCAAUUAUUUAAAUUGAACAAAACUUUAAAAAUACAUAUAUACAUUUUUUUUUUUUUUACUUCCGUUUAUGGAAUGAGUUGGAUGGUUUAUUCCCCACAUUCAAUAACUCCAAUGUAGAUACAAUCUAAAAGGCUGAAUCCUUCUCACAAUGUUUCCUAGUAUAAGGCUAACUGAUGCUUUCACUCCUGCAGUGUAAAGUGCAAAGUUAGACACAAAGUAUUUUCGGCUCAAAAGGUGAACCGAAUCCUGUUCUUGUUAGUAUCAUCGACCUUGAAAGUGUGUCUGUUGGAAAGCAGGUAGAAUUUGGACUCUGUACAGAAAUGAUUGUUACAAUCACCUGCUACACUCUAACUUUACAAACUUUCCAGCAAAGCUACUGAUACAACUAUACCAGUUACCAAAAGGAAACUUCUUGUUAGAUGUUCCCCAUAUUGUCAGUAUGUGUAACUCGGACCUCUAUUUACACACAUUAUGCAGUUUUCAAAGGGACAUACUAAUAUUUGUCUUUGUUUUAAUAGUCUAGGUUAGAAAAUGACAGGGUUCCGUUCCCUUGGGUUUCCCUUCUGAAAAGGGAAUCUAGAAUAUUGGGAGACAUUUCUCUCGCUCUUCACGUGAAACGUUAGGGGGUUACUUUUUGAUAUAAAAUCAAAGUGUCCUAGUAACAUUUAAUGUGUCAUCGCUACUGGCUAGCAUUGCAGCCUUUUCAAAUGAUUUGCCAUCUUGUUAACUGCUAAAACUUGGUUUUGUUCAGAUGAGGGAUCGCAGAUAGGACAAGGAACUUUUUUUUAUUUUUUAUUUGCCCUCUUCCUAUUGUAGAGAGUUUCUGUUUUUUGCAAUGAGGGACAACUAGUUCUUUGUCCAGACUAUAAAGUGGGAAGUAUAUUUAAAUUCCAGCAAGAUCUGUGUGGGAAAUGUGGAAAGGGCAGAUAAAAUGCUCUGUUAUAGAUUUAGAUGCUAAAAUCUGAUCUCAGAUGCAACGAUGAUUCACUGUAACAGUUGUCUUUAAACUAGUCUUAAGAACCACAGAUGGUGUUUAGCUUUAGUGGUAUCCUUGCAGGAGCAAGAUUGAGAACAAUUCCUACUCCUGGAUCAUUAGGGGUUCUUGGACUGGAUUGAGAAGCCCAGUCUUUGAACAUAGACUUGAUCAUUAGGGGGAAUCCCUUUCAUUCUAUUGACCAGAUCUAUGCAUCCUUAAAGGUGCUUUAUUACUGUGCUGCAGUGAAUGUUAUGAGCUGUAUCCUGUCUGGUCACGAAUUUAAAAAGUUAAAGGGACACUAUAGUCUCCAAAACAACUGUAGCUUAAUGAAGCAGUUUUGGUGUAUAGAACAUGCCCCUGCAGCCUCACUGCUCAAUUCUCUGCCAUUUAGGAGUUUCAUCACUUUGUUUAUGAACCCUAGUCACACCUCCCUGCAUGUGAAUUAUACAGCCUUCAUAAAAACUUCCUGUAAAGAGUUAUCUAAUGUUUAUCCUUCCUUUAUUGCAAGUUCUAUUUAAUUUAGAUUUUCUUUCCCCUGCUAUGUUAAUAGCUUGCUAGACCCUGCAAGACCCUCUUGUAUGUGAUUAAAGUUCAAUUUGCAGAGCAAGAGAUACAAUUGUUUAAGGUAAAUUACAUCUGAUUGAAAGUGAAACUUUUUUUUUCUUUUUUCAUGCAGGCUCUGUCAUUCAGAGCCAGGGGAGGUGUGGCAAUGGCUGCAUAAACAGAAACCAAGUGAUUUAACUCCUAAAAUGUAGUGAAACCUGAGAGGCAUGAUCUAUACACUAAAACUGCUUCAUUAAGCUAAAGUUGUUUAGGUGACUACAGUGUCCCUUUAACUCUUUCCAUGACCGUGUGCGUUCAAUAUUGACUUCAUCCUCCUCUACUCGAUCUUAUCAGUUGAUUGAUGACAAACAUGAAUUUUGUUUUUGGUUGCAAUCCUUAGAUCAUUGUGCUUGGAAAGCCAUCUAUUUUAGUGGUCUAACUCUUAUUGUCUUGUCCAAAGGGAAUCCCCUAAAACUAUAGUGUCUCUGUAUACUUGAGAAGGGAAUAUUAGCAUUGAAAGUGUUUUGGGCCAAUCAGGGACCUUGGCUCUCGCUCCAUAAACAUUCUGUUGUGCUUAUAUGGUUAUUUUAGAACAGGUCAUUGAUACAUGCCGUCCUCCACUUUUAAUGGAAAGUCACUCGACACAACACACCCGUAACUAUUCUGUGAUCAGUAUGGUGUAGUGCAAUUAGUUCUACUUGCGUGACACAUUAUCAGGUCGGGUUAACUUUUUACUUUAUUUUUUUCCCCUUCAACAUUGAUUAGAAAAGUUCUAAUUGUUUAAACCACAUUUUUCUGUAAAACACAAAAAUAUAUUCUUUAAUAAAAAAGAGAAAUGUU